CUAACAAUAUCUCUUGGUCAAAUCAAUCACUAUAUCGGUGUCAAUAUGAAUCGAAAUUGGAAGGUAUAUUGUUAUAUUUGGGCCAAACUGAGCUGGGCUAUGAACUAUUGCAGCACUAACUAGAAGCCCAAAAGUGUAUUCCUAAACUGCUAAACAGUCGGCGUCCAUGUCUCCUCCAUCAAUGGCGGGCGAAUCUCUACAGUUAGAACACUACACGGACAAUCAAGCGGGGCUGCUGGUGUUUUUCUUACCAACAGUCAUACUUAAUUCAUUGUAGGCGAUGAGGAUCGCGAUUAUUAAACGGAUUUAUUGGCAGAAUAAGCGUACUUGCAUCUGGCAAUGGCGCUCGAACCACGCAGCAUCCAGUAUCGGAUUUCCUCCUAACGAACCUUCAGUUUCAAACCAUCAAUUGUUACUCCGUUCUCUGGAAGAAUGCAAAUUUUCAACUAAUUCAACAUCUGUUAGUGGAACACAUGCAAGAAUCAUUAAACUCGGGUACCAGACAUGCCCAUCUCUCACAUCACUUCUGGUUACUACAUAUCUAUCUUUCAAUCUUCUCUCUCUUGCUCGUCAAUUGCUUAAUGAAGUUCCUUAUCACAAAUUCAAUGUAGUUUCAUGCAAUUUGAUCAUUGCAAGUUUCAUGAAAAUGGGAGACAUUGAUAUUGCCAAGAAAAUAUUCCGUAAAAUGCCCAAACGAGAUUUAAUAUCCUGGAACUCAAUGAUAGGAGGUUUUGUUAAGAAUGUACAAUUUCAAGAGGCAUUUGGGAUCUUCAAAAAGAUGUUAAGUUCAAACAUAGAGCCAGACAAAUUCACAUUUUCAUCCAUAAUCACUGCAUGUGCUCGUGUUGGAGCUUUAGACCAAGCUAAAUGGAUACAUGGUUUGCUAACCGAAAAAAGAAUCGAACUCAAUUUUAUUCUGAGUUCUGCACUUAUAGACAUGUACUCAAAAUGUGGUAGAAUUGAAACAUCAAAAGCAAUUUUUGAAAGUGUAAGACAUGAUCAUGUUUCUGUUUGGAAUGCCAUGAUCAAUGGUCUAGCAAUGCAUGGUCUUGCCAUGGAUGCCAUUGAAACUUUCUCAAAGAUGGAAGCUGACAAUUUUUUACCAGAUCAAAUUACUUUCAUUGGAAUCUUGACUGCAUGUAGCCAUUGUGGGUUGACUCAACAGGGUCGUGAGUAUUUUGACCUAAUGAGAACAAAAUACAAGAUUACUCCACAACUUGAACAUUAUGGAUCAAUGGUUGAUCUGUUUGGGCGAGCUGGGCUUCUAGAAGAAGCUUAUGAAGUGAUUCAAGAGAUGCCUAUGGACCCUGAUGUUGUUAUAUGGAGGGCAUUUCUUAGUGCAUGUAGAACACAUAGAAAUCUUGAGUUAGGUGAAUUUGCAGUUGCAAAAAUAUCAAAUCUUGAUAGUGGAGAUUACGUGUUACUCUCAAACACAUAUUGUUCAGUAAAUAAAUGGGAUAAAUCUGAAAAAGUGAGGAGUAUGAUGAAAAGGAAUGGUGUUAAUAAAAGUAAGGGAAAAAGUUGGAUUGAAGUUAAUGGAGUCAUUCAUCAAUUUAAAGCAGGAGAUAAAUCACAUUGUGAAACGGAAUCAAUCUACAAGGUUCUAGAAGCAUUGAUCGGGCGUAUUAGACAUGAAGGAUAUGUUCCUGUUACAGAAUUGGUUUUAAUGGAUAUAUCUGAAGAGGAAAAGGAAGAGAAUCUGAAUUAUCAUAGUGAAAAGUUGGCAUUGGCUUAUGGGAUACUAAAAUCAACCCCUGGAUCUGAAAUUAGGGUUUCAAAGAAUUUAAGAACAUGUCUUGAUUGUCACUCUUGGCUGAAAUUGGUUUCUAAAGUAUUGAAAAGGGUAAUUAUUGUAAGGGACAGGGCCCGCUUUCACCACAUAGAAGAUGGUGUUUGUACAUGUGGCGAUUAUUGGUAACUGUUUGCCUCCAUAAAUUUCUGGAAGUUGACUCUCAUCAAUGUCUUUCAAAAGUGUUGGCUUCAGCUCCUUAUUUUCAACAAAUAUGAUCUGCAAUGUAAGGGAUACGCGAACGCGAGGUGACGUGGCGGAGGAGGGGAAGGCGGUUCUUUGUGAACAACCGUAAAGCACCGUGGCAAUUUUGUAGCCACUUGGAACCACAGCAACGUACAAGUGAUCACUGCACUGAAAAGUCAAGGAUCGAAUGUGUUUAAUUGCAAAGCACGUCCAUAUAUUCAACAAUAAUCGUAGAAUCUACUGAGGAUACAACAGAAAAUCGCCAAUCAACCCGAAUUGUAGAAGUAGGUGAUCGUAAAAACCUAAUCA